AUAAGCGAGCUUCUCGAAGGCCUCAAGACACGAUGCGAGGCUCUUGAUGUCCCUCCGCCUGAAGUAUUUGUUGCUGACAACUGCUGCCAUGUGCGCAGCGCUGUAGAUAUUGUUUUCCCUGAUGCUACAAUGAAACUGGAUGUCUGGCAUUUUAUUAUGAGGCGAGUACAUUUUCCUUUGUAUCUAAUAAUCUACAAGCUAAUCCUAAAAGCAAGAUAUGCGACUGUGAUCCUUAAUCCCUCCAAGAAUCCCCACCGGAAGGAAGUAGUCGCGGAGAUUUCUGCCUGUAUCCUGAAGAAACAUGCUGAGGGUGGGAAUCCCGCAAAGUACUGGGACCGAAAUGAGCAGGAGACGAGACUCACCUCGACGUUUGAGAAAUGGGCAUGCGAAGGUACAGUUUGGUCAGCGGGGGCACGCAGAGUUCAUGAGGAACAGCUCAAACACGUACGGAAAGGCUGCCUCGAACGUCAGCGGCAGGACAUACGAACAGAUGGAAGCCGUGUGGAGGGAUCCCACAAAGGCUGGAACUCACUCCAGCGUGCGCACACCAGCGGAAUUGUAACCUUCUCAGGCCUUUGUCACGACUUUGUUCUUCGGCGAAACAUUCGCGUUGCCUUUUCAAGGGCGAGGAAAUCAGACUUCAUCUCAUCAACUCACGGCUCUCAUCACAUUCACCUCGUCGACAGGAUCGCAAAGCUAUUCAACCACCUCCAACUCGAAGAGAAGGCCACCAGCACAUGUUGCCUGCCAGAGCUCAUUGAAGUCCAAUCUGAGGAGCAUUUUGGGCUCGUCAAAUCAAGUUUUGCGUCCACAUUUGGCGGGCUACUGGACGUCAAGGCCGAAGAGUCGCCAGUUGAGCUCAAUAUGACUGGCACCAAGUUGCUUGAGGCACUCAGUGAUGACGACGAUGCAGUUGACCUUGCCCUGCAGUCUGCGAGGUCUGAAAUACUUGAAGAACUCAACAUCGACCCACAGCUUCUUUUCCAGCCUCAGCUGUCACUGUCGUGCCCUCCUCCAACUGCUGCAAUUCCCACAGCUGCAGAAGUCGCUGACACGAGCGAGUCCAAUUCUCAUUUGGCCGUCAUCGCAACAAACACUCGGCCACAAUCAACAACGAAGCGCAAGGUGGAUGACGUGGAUGACAUCGGGAUUUCAUCAGCCACACUGGACCACUACCUCAAACCGAGAAGUCGGCUUCCAUACUGCAAAGCUCUCUCACGACGGCCAACGACAGCGACAAGUGCCAGCGCUCAGCGUCAACUUCCCGCAGUCACGGUCACACCCAACUCCACGCUCCCAAACCCAUUUGCAGUGAUCAGUGCUGCUGCCAAUGACAUCAACACCAGUACCACUGCUCUCGCGCCCAUUCUGAGGCCCCCAGGGAUGACCCGUUCCCAGCACUUCUUCACCAUUGCAACAAGAAUUGAUGCCCGUGCCAUGCAAAUCUCUGGCGAUAUCGAGUUCCACUUGUUCAUGGACAUGAGAGUGGAGUUCGCGUGGAUUUCUUUCAAAAUGACGCCCAAACAGUGGGCUGUAGCUACUGAGACCUACAACAACCGUCUUGAGGAGAAGAAUCGUGCUAAUGGGUUUGAAACGGUGAAAAAGAACCCCCAGGCCCUUCUCCGAAAGCUCGGCGAGAUCGAGAUGGCUGUGAUGAACCGCGUGGCGAAGAACGACUUCAAGUCUCGUUCUGGCUCGGAAACCUUCUGGAGAAGGCACUGUCACGCUAUUGAGCUCAUCAAGAGCGAGCCUGGGAAGAAGGUGCGCAAGUCUUCUCAAAAAUUCACAGCUAUCGUGUUUGCUCACACUCCUAUGCAGAUUCGCAAGGCACACACAUGCUCGCGCUGCAAGACCAUCAUGUACCCCGGUCCCGAGAACUCGGGGUACAACCACAGACGGGGCUUUUGCGCCGACGGUGCCAAGCAGGUGUCCAAAAACGAGCCGCCUCCACCCUGGCCACAGCCACCAGGCAUAUUCUCCGAAGGCAAGCACUUCCAUCCGCGUGCCUUCCUCGAAACUGUCAAGCAAAUCUACGAGCAAGUAUUCCUCCGGCCAUCUGGUGAAAGUCCUGCCCUCGAGCAGGAAGCAUUUGCGACGAUGCUGCUCGACCGGUCAACAACACUUGAAUCAGGGACCGUGCUGUUCAAGUUGUACGAGGAGCUCGAGAUUGAUGGAUCAACACCGGAUGCACUGCUGAUUGUGCACAAUAACGUCAAGCACCUUCGCAUUGAGUACCUCCAGGAG